UGAAUUUGCCUGUCAGCUCAAGCUUCAUAUUAACUGCAUUUUCCUGGAGCACCAGACACAUGUUUUGGUAAACCUGGCAAUGGAAUGUAAACUUAUUGAUAAGCACGGAUGGACAUCUCGCGAGAGGGGCGACGAGAAACAAGUGACCGAGAAACUGGCCAACUGUGUAUAACAUUCCAUUCACGUGAAUACUGCAUAUAAAAGUGGGAGAUCACGAGGAUCUCGUCCCUUUUCCCUAUGGCCGACAUUAGGAGAGGACCUUGCGAGUCGUCCCUGUGAACUGAGGCCUAGUGAGAGACUGAAUCCAGCUCCGGUUGGCUGCAGAGUCCAGUCCAGGACUUUGGUUGCCAGCUCUGCAGUUGCUGAGACUUUCCAGAUCGAAAAACCCAGCAAGUGCUAAUAUCAGCCAGCCCCCCAAAACACAGGCGAGUGGAGCACCUGCUGCUGCUAAGAAGCAGUCUCCUUCUGCAGAUGCAUCAGAACCGCGGGUUGUGAAGCCGUCUGAAGCAAAGUCCAUACCAACAACCAAAAUGGAAUCUGGAAAAAACACACAGUCGACCAAGCCGACAGACUCUCAAAAUAAACAGCCGGCUGAAGAGAGGCAGAAGGAACCUGCUGACGCAAAAAGCCAAACCUCACCUUCUGUGACAACUUCUAAACCAAAUGACACUGGAAAAGUAACUGCAGCUCAGGCUGACCAGAGUCCACAAGCACCCUCCCCAGAGACAGCAAAGCCCGUGUCUGAGAAGACGUCCACGGCGGCUGGUGCAGGCGCAGCCGGUGCAAGCGCGGCUGCUGCAGCUGAUAAAGCGAGUGCUGAGGCUGGUAUGGAUGAGUCGGCACUAGAUAGCCUCAUAGACACCCUCGGUGGACCUGAAGAACACGUGCCUCCUAGUCCUGUUUACACCGGCCCGGAAGUUACGGAAGGUUUCUCUUCAGAAUACCUGGAAGAAUUGGGCAAACGGGAAGGUAGUCUCCCUCCAGAGUACGUUAAAUUGUUGAAGAGCAAAGGAGAUGGCAAAGAAGGAGUCCCACCGAAAGUGGAUGACCAGGAUGAAUUUGCGAUUCCUUCUCAGAAGCCAAUGACGGAUGAUGAGCUUGCGGAGGCACUGUCAUCCGACUUCACCUCUAGUGCUGCUCCUGCUGAAGAGAAGACAAGUCCAACAGAGAAACCCGGUAAAGAAGGAGAAAUCGUGCAAGCACAAGCAGCAAGUUCACUCAAGACAUCUGCUCCUCCUAAGGACAAGAAAGCAAAAUCAAAAGAGGAUAUCAAAGAUGAUGCAGUGGAAGCUCUUCUUGAUACUCUUGGUGCACCUGAACCUGAGCCUGAAGACCCUACCCCUGUUGUAGAGGUGUCAGAGGCAAAAGCUAAAGAGAAAAAAGAAGAGAAGACUGGAGAACGUGAUGACACGAUACCUCCAGAAUACAGGCUAACACCAGAGUUGGAUAAAGAUGGAAAACCGAUAUUGCCCAAGCCUGAAGAAAAACCUAAGCCUUUGAGUGAAUCCGAUCUCGUCGAUGAGUUUUCGAAAGACUUUUCCGGCCCCGCACAGCCUGUGGAGCAGCCCAAAGCACCGGAGCCCCGCGGCACGUCCAAGAAGCCUUCAGGUCCCGCGCCGGCGGGAGCUCCCACGGACGAGGUGGUCCCUCGCGCCGCAGCUUGCACGGUGCAGUCGGCCGCCCCGCCAGCCGAGUCCUCGGUUGGUCGCGUGGCAGAUGAAGCGCUGGAAGCCUUGUCCAGCAGCCUGGGAAAGAGAGAGCCCGCUCCGGAUGAGAGCAAACCCACUGUGGACAAGACCAAGGAGAAAAACAAACAGGAAGAACACAAAAAACUAGGCGAAGAUGAAGAAACAAUUCCUCCAGAGUACAGAUUAACAGAAGCAAAAGAUAAAGAUGGGAAACCGCUCGUACCAAAACCAGAAGAAAAGCCCCAGCCCAUGAGUGAAGAUGAUCUUUUAGAGGGUUUGACAGCAGGGUUUUCCUCUUCACCAUUACCAUCUGCACCGUUACCUACACCAGCUGUAAUAAAGAGCGCCGAGCGGGGCGAAGGGCCCGCGGGUUCCUCGGGCGUUAUCUCCGCUGCCGCCGUUCCCUCGCUGCGAUCAGCGGCUCCUCCAGCUCCCGCCUCGGGAGGAAAAGAGAUGGACGAAGCCUUGGAUCUCCUGUCCGAUUCCCUGGGACAGAGGGAACCAGACCCUGAUGAGAACAAACCCGUUGUGGAUAAAGUGAAGGAAAAGGCUGAGUCUGAACACAGAGACAAGCUUGGGGAAAGAGAGGAGACGAUCCCUCCCGACUACCGAAAGCUGCUGGAGUCGGGGGAGCAGGGUAAACCAGUAAAGCCAACAGCAAAGGAUGAUGCGAAACACAAAGAAGAAAAGAAGCCGGCGGAUGACUCUGCAGCUGUCGACGCCCUGUCAGGGGACUUCGAUACUCCAGCGAGGGCUCCUGACACACCAAAGCACUCCAAGUGUAGGACAAAAGCGGGAAGGAAACCGUCACCACGAAACCAACCCCGAAGGACAAAGGAAAACCCAAGGACCCUAAAACGGGAAGGGGACAGUCCUCCGGCAGCAAAUCUGAGAAGCAGAAAACGAGCUAAACAUUGAACGUUAUUAGGGUCUUGGCGCAUCAUGUAAAACGUCUUAUUUCUGUUGGUGGAUAAUGAUUUCCGAAGAACAAAAGCUGAUGGUUAUUCUGGGUGGUUUUGUACAGUGAUACUUGCGGGACUCUUCACAUUUUCUUUUUUCCUGGUAGUAGACUAAGGUUAUUUUUUCCCUGGCCAUUCAUUUUGUUAUACUCCUAUACUUUGACUUUUUUGGUAAUUUUCUUCAGUUUUCAGAGAGAAAGAAUGCUUUAUAUUUGCGAGAAAUAUAUUUCAUAAAUGAAUAGCAAUGCCAAAAAGAAGAAAAGACCUGCGGACUUUUGCACAUAAUCUUCACGUAGUGCCUGUAGAUCUCUAAGGAAUUUGUACGUGCUCGCAUUUUCAAUGUUGCAGCAAAUGCCUUAAGUAUUGUGGAGUGUAACGAGCUUUGGUGACCAUCAGCCUGGCCGAGUGGCCUUUCCUGAAGCCAGGGCCUGGUGGGAAACCUGUGGGUAGACAAAGAGCGAGAAACUGGGGAUUAACCGCUCGACAAGCACGUCUAGAAAUGAAACAGGUGCCUCGGGUGCUGCCUUAGCUGUAGUUAAAACAACAGAAGCACCAGAUAAGGAUUUAGGUCGCUUUGGUUUUUUAUUUCCAUUUGUAUCUGUACUGUUAUAUAAUUUUAAGGAGUGUCCUGGACUGAACAAAGUACAAUCCUGGUGUAACAGUGACACAGUUACCGUCACAGGAGGGAGAUGGAGGAGGAGCCUUCGCAGAGAUCAAAGGGAAGUUCAGGCCGACAGGUGCACUUUUUUAGUUUUCUAAUUUUGCACUGUUUCCACUCGUUUCUGCCCCUGUUGCUGCAGAGGGCGCUGCAGGAGCCGCUGCUGCCGGAGCGAAGUCACACGUGCCCGCACGGGGCUCCAUCUGUCGCUCUGCAGAGCGGCCUUCCACACAUCACGGCCGUACACCCAUCGCACCCAACUUUUCACACACGGCACCCGUGCUGCCACCCAUCCCACCCGUGCUGCCAUCCAUCCCACCCGUGCUUCCACCCAUCAUCCCACCCGUGCUUCCACCCAUCAUCCCACCCGUGCUUCCACCCAUCGCACCCGUGCUUCCACCCAUCCCACCCGUGCUGCCACCCAUCGCUCCCGUGCUGCCACCCAUCAUCCCACCCGUGCUUCCACCCAUCCCACCCGUGCUUCCACCCAUCCCACCCGUGCUGCCACCCAUCAUCCCACCCGUGCUGCCACCCAUCAUCCCACCCGUGCUGCCACCCAUCGCCCCCGUGCUGCCACCCAUCCCACCCGUGCUGCCACCCAUCCCACCCGUGCUGCCACCCAUCAUCCCACCCGUGCUGCCACCCAUCGCCCCCGUGCUGCCACCCAUCAUCCCACCCGUGCUUCCACCCAUCCCACCCGUGCUGCCACCCAUCAUCCCACCCGUGCUGCCACCCAUCGCCCCCGUGCUGCCACCCAUCGCCCCCGUGCUGCCACCCAUCAUCCCACCCGUGCUUCCACCCAUCCCACCCGUGCUUCCACCCAUCCCACCCGUGCUUCCACCCAUCCCACCCGUGCUGCCACCCAUCGCUCCCGUGCUGCCACCCAUCGCACCCGUGCUUCCACCCAUCAUCACACCUUUGCUUCCACCCAUCGCUCCCGUGCUGCCACCCAUCGCUCCCGUGCUUCCACCCAUCCCACUCGUGUUUCCACCCAUCCCACCCGUGCUGCCACCCAUCGCUCCCGUGCUUCCACCCAUCCCACCCAUGCUUCCACCCAUCAUCCCACCCGUGCUUCCACCCAUCCUACCCGUGCUUCCACCCAUUGCUCCCGUGCUUCCACCCAUCCCACCCGUGCUGCCACCCAUCGCACCUGUGUUUUCACACACGGUACCUGUGCUUUUCACACGUCGCACUUGUGCUUUUCACACAUUGCACGUGUGCUUUUCGCGUGUGGUACAUGUGCUUAUCACAAAUUACACCCGUGUUUUCACACAUCACACCUGUGCUUUUCGCACAUGGUACCCGUGCUUUCCACACCUGGCAUGUGUUCUUUCCAUGCCUCACACACCCACUCCGCCUCGCUUGUUCACACGCGGCCCACGCUGACUGUAGAACCAGAGCCGCGCUUUAGAACCAAAGCCGCGCUUUAGAACCAGAGCCGCGCUGUAGAACCAAAGCUGCGCUUUAGAACCAGAGCCGCGUUGUAGAACCGGAGCCGCGCUGUAGAACCGGAACCGUGCUGUAGAACCAAAGCCGUGCUUUAGAACCAGAGCCGCAUUGUAGAACCAAAGCCGCACUUUAGAACCAGAGCCGCGCUGUAGAACCAAAGCCGCGCUGUAGAACCGGAGCCGUGCUGUAGAACCGGAGCUGUGCUGUAGAACCGGAGCCACAUUGUAGAACCAAAGCCGCACUGUAGAACCAAAGCCGCACUGUAGAACCAAAGCCGCACUGUAGAACCAGAGCCGCACUGUAGAACCAGAGCUGCUCUGCAGCACAGGAGCCCCUGCAGCGCCGCAGGGACAGCCCGGAGACAUAAUUGGGGAUAUUUAGACUUCCUACUGUCCUUCGCAGUCUGUACUGAGAACCUGUGUCACACUAAUAAAGGUUUUAAGAAUACAUGA